AUAUGAUGCCCUAAGUAUAUCAACAUGGUACAGACACGCAUAAUAUCCUACCAAGUGACGUCACACACUCUGGCACCCGGAACGAGAUAAAAUAUCCCCCAGUCGUGAUGUGUAUUCCUGCUUCAGUGUGGGCCGAUUUUGUACUACAGACGAUUGUGUUUAGGGCCAGGUACAUCCAUGCAGCCGGUCGGGGAGUAAAAUUUGUCGAAACUUUUCUGCCUUACAGCUCAAUGUUAUUAUAAACACAAGGUGGGGAAUCUGAUAUGCACAUGGAAGGGCGGAACGCGCUUUGGAGAGAUGCUGGCAUACCGAACAAAAUUAAUUUGCAGUGAUUAUAAGCGAACGUCUAUCAAGAGGAAAGUACGUGUAACUCGAAACGCAAAGCAGGCGCAGUAAGGAAGGUCAUUCAUAGAUGAAUGGGAGGCGAGCAUGCCUCGGAGAAGUUAUUGAGAUGAGGCCAACACGUAAACUCGGAUUUGGUGAUGUUCUUUGCACGAGAAUCCCCAAACUAUGACAGUCAUCUUUCCUGAUUCUGCUACUAGAAAGAACAAAUAAGUCGUACAAUUUCCACACCAAGCAUGAAUCGACAGUGUUCAGACAAAUCAUUGCCCGAGUCCAAUGGAAUGACGACAUCGUCCGGGAAAGUAGCCGACUUGACCGACCUCACAGGAAAGACUCUCUCCACCAGGAAACCAGCAGGGACGGUGGAAUCUGGGGUACUGAUAAGGAAAACUUCUAUCAGGCGUCGCAUGUCCACGGAAACCGGGGAUGGCGCGAAUGAAGUGAUAUACGGAAAUCAGACAAAAGAGUACAGUCGUCUCCGGAAGGAAAUAGUGUCUAGUCCCGCGGUUACAAAAGCGCUUGAAGGUCUACGGGAACGCUGGAAAAUGCUAAUGUUUAUGCAUGAAGACUGUUUAGACAUGAUACAGGACCGGAAGGACAGACACAAACAAAGGCGGAAGUGCAGGGAACGCCGGGAAAUCUUUGCUUCCUGUAUUAUAUACACCGGAAUUUUUAUGCCAAUAACAAUUCUGACAUUGACAAUCUUGCUUAUCAUAUUCUAAUAGAAAAUCUAGUGAGUGGAAAAUCUAGUGAGAAAAAUGCAUUUUUUUAAGACUAUUCUAUGGAGUUGUAGAAAUAUUUUACACGAGUUAUCGUUCAACAUGUUUUCUCAGGAUCAAACAUAUUUUGAAUAUUAAAAUCAUCAUUUUCAUCAUCAUCAUCAUCAUGCUUAUUCCUCAAUAUAAAAAAAAAAUUCUCAACGAAAUGAAUAAAAUAAAAGUCAUAUAAACCCUACAUAACUGAGACAACAUAUAUAUUUAUCUAUAUCAAUUUUACCAUUAAUCUACUAAAAAUGGUAGUUUCUACGCUCAGUUAUUUAGGAGUGGGACAACUGGUUCGCCCGUUGUCAGUAUAAUGUGAACGGGUGGGGUGACCUGAUGGGAGUCUUCGGCAGUAUGUUUCAGUGAGGUAGCACUACAAAGUCGGCAUCAGUUCCGCGCUACCACAA